AAUAGAGCUGUGUAACAAAAGUAAAUAAGUUAAUUGUUGAUAGGAAAAAUUGAUUUUUUCCAAUCAAGAAUUGUUCUAUUCCAUGUUAUAUGCUUGUAAAACAUACAUAUUGCACAAUAUUAUAAUAGUUCUUAGUGUUUACUUCAUUUGUUAAAAUUAAAUUCAAAUCUACUCAGAUCUACAUAUAACUUGUGACAAAUUUUUGGAACAACGAGAUAAUUGAAUAAUGAAAUAAAACUAUAAUUUUGUUGUGCCCUCGUAUAGUUCUGCAUUGACAUUAGCGUUUUGAUCACUCAUAAAAAACAAAUUAAUCCUGAUAAACAACAAAAAAUCUAUAGAUGAUUUAUUGAUUCAGCACAAAUUAUUCGAAAUAUUUAAAUAAAGAGCAAAAUUAUGAAUAAAUUUGAUACAAAUCCAACACAAUUAUCAUCACAUAUGCAAUCAUCAUCUAAAUCCCCAAACCCUUCACCCGAUCCCGACAUCGACGACGCAAGUUCAAAAAGACAAGCGACAAGAGUUUUUAAGAAAUCAUCAGCAAAUGGUAAAAUUACGGUUUACCUUGGAAAAAGGGAUUUUGUGGAUCACAUAACACACGUUGAUCCAAUCGAUGGUGUAGUUUUAAUUGAUCCCGAUUAUGUUAAAGAGAGAAAAGUAUUCGGGCAUGUUUUAGCAGCAUUUCGUUAUGGUCGUGAAGAUUUAGACGUUCUUGGAUUAACAUUCCGUAAAGAUUUAUACUUGGCAUCAGAACAGAUUUAUCCAUCACAGAAUGAAGUGAAUGAGAGAAGGCAAUUAACUCGUCUUCAAGAACGUUUAAUAAAGAAAUUAGGGCCCAAUGCAUAUCCAUUUUUCUUCGAAGUUCCACCACAUUGUCCCGCAUCGGUUUCACUUCAACCAGCACCAGGUGAUACAGGAAAACCAUGUGGAGUUGACUACGAACUUAAAGCCUUUGUUGGUGAUUGUUCCGAGGAUAAACCGCACAAACGUAAUUCUGUUAGAUUGGCCAUCAGAAAGAUUAUGUACGCUCCUUCUAAACUUGGAGAACAACCAUCUAUCGAAGUCAGUAAAGAGUUUAUGUUAAAGCCAAAUAAGAUUCAUUUGGAAGCGAGUUUAGAUAAGGAGCUUUAUCAUCAUGGUGAGAGUAUAGCUGUUAACGUACAUAUUGCAAAUAACUCGAGUAAAACUGUGAAGAAAAUCAAGGUAUCAGUCAGACAGUUCGCUGACAUUUGCUUGUUUUCAACUGCCCAAUAUAAGUGUACUGUUGCUGAAGUUGAAUCAGAAGACGGAUGUCAAGUGCAGCCGGGCUUUACUUUGUCAAAAGUAUUUUCUUUGACUCCAUUGCUAGCGAAUAACAAAGACAAAUGGGGUUUGGCUCUCGAUGGGCAGUUGAAACAUGAGGACACAAACUUAGCGUCAAGUACAUUGAUUGCUGAUCCAUCACAACGUGAAAAUUUGGGAAUAAUUGUGCAAUAUAAAGUGAAAGUAAAAUUAUGUAUCACACCAUUAGGAGGCGACUUAGUUGCAGAACUCCCGUUUAUUCUUAUGCAUCCAAAGCCAGAUGAUUUAGAUGAAAGUGUGUUGGCAAAUGAUGGUGAGAAAGCAUCCCCAAAUAAUAAUUCUGGUAAAAACAGAAAUUGUUUGGGUGAAAAACAACACACACUCAACAACAAUUCAUCGGCUGCCAAGGAAGACGCUCCUAAUUUGAUUCAAUUAGACGGCGAUGACACACACGACGAUGACAUUAUUUUCGAAGAUUUUGCCCGCUUAAGAUUAAAAGGCGGAGAAACGGAAGCAUAGUCGAAUCACUUGAGCUUCAUUAUCCUACACACUAACACCCACGCCUACACCCAACCACUUUAGAAUGGAAAUCACUUACGGUCUCCCCGCGUUAAGUGAAAGAAAAAGGUAUAUUGUCAACUACUUUAGGUAGCCAUUUUAUACUACAUAUGGAAAUUAAUUUAAUUAUUUAAGACAUAAUAAUAAACGAAGUGUAGCGUCUUAUCUUCCUAUCAAUAACCAAAAAAAAUGAAGAAAAAUAUUCAUAUAAAUUAAAAGUUAAAACAAGAAUCAUUUGAUAAAAAUUGAGAGAAUUUAAGCAUCAUUCGUGAAUGAAAAGUUGAAAUAAUUACACUCGAUUUGAUAAUAUAAAAUUUUUCUUUUCCUUCUUUCAUUAAAAAUUAUUGUUGAAGAGAAAGAAAAAGAAGAUUUCAUUCUUAUCGAAAGAUUUUAAACAAACCUAUUUUUUAUAUCUUACUUCAUUAAUUUGAUAUUUUUCUACUCAUCGUCACUUUUGAUAUGGCCAAUUUUGUAAAAGAAAUAUUAGUGACAGAAUAUAGAUUUAACUAAAUAAAAUUUGAAACUUUGAUUAUCUAUUCCUCAUUUACGAAAAUAUUACAUAAGUCAUUUGACCAAAUGAGAAAAGUGUUUAAAGAGAAAUUGAGUUUGUUGCUUAAUUAUGGUUAGCUCUUGUCGGUGUCAAUUUUGUUUCUGUAAUUCCUUGAAUAUUUACAUUGCACAUGAGAUAAGAAUUCAUUGUUGUAUUAUCCUGAGCAGGAAAGGAGUAAAGAAAGAUGGUUGAAUAUCCGUAUUGACAUUUAUGUAAUCUUAUAAAUGUCAAUGAGAAAAGAAAUGAGUUGAUAUCUUAAGCAACAUAUUUUUAAACGAAUUGAGACACUUUCAGAAAAAGAAAACCCACAAAUAUUUCUUUAUUUCCAUUAGCAUAAAUAAAUGCAAUAAUCUUCCCAAAUAAAAAAUGUAUGUAAAAUGUUGAAUCAUUGAAAGUUCUAUAACUUAAUUAUCUAAAUGAAUUCUUGUUUCCGUUCAUAUAAAUAUUUAAUAUUCAAAUUGAUGAGCAUAAAAGCGAAAAUAAAUUAAAAAGAAAACCUUCUCCUUAAAUGAACUGAAAAUAAAAAAAAGCUUUAGCCUUUCAAAACGAAUUUUGUAAAUUUUCUACGAAAUUGAGUCUUUUAGUAAGCAAAUGAUAAUUCUAUGCAUAGUAAGAAUAUUAGACAAUGCAAUUGUGCAUUGAGGUUUGUUUUAUCACCAAUAAAUCUAAUAGAUUUUUAUCAGUUAUUAUGCACUAACGUGUUUAGAUACUUUUUUGUUUUAAAAGUGAUUGAAUCAUGUACAUGCACAUUAAAAUAAUAAAUGUUUUUGAUGUCUCCAAUACAUCCACACAAUUCAAUUCGGUCUCUAAUCUUGUACUUUAAUGAGUAAGAAAAUUUUCUUUCUUUGUUUAUUUGGAACUGUUUCAAUUAACAAUAAUUGUAUGUAUUUUAAUAUCCCAAAAUAAGGAUUAUUAAAUCAAUUAAACGUGAAAUGAAAACAUUUGGAUUAUGUAUUGUAAUCUAAUUUAGCUAAAAUAAUAACAAAAGAAAACUGUUUGUACUGCUUCAUACAUACAUUAAAUAUCUUCCUAAAUUUCCAUUAAUUUGUUGAGAAUUAUAUGUGAAACAAAUUAUUUAUGGAAUCCAUGGAUUCUUUUAUAUUCUUUUGAUUUCAACUUUUAUUUAAUCGUAAUAUCUAUUUAUAUAUUGCAAAUUAACACAAACAUAAAAUUACUUAUUUUAAUACAUUAUAUGGAUAUCAAUAUUGGGCAUUUGAACAAAACAAUCUGAUAACUGUAAGAUCUCCAGUACCACGAAAAUGGAAGAAACAUCUUCAAUAAAAAAAUUAUUUUGAUGUAAAGCAA